UCGAUCUCUUUCUCCAGAUCCCUCUGUCGCGUCUUAUCACAUCCGAGAGAGGUCUUUGACCCGCAACUUGACUCGACUCUCUCCGCUCAUUGCAACCAGAGUUUCCCGGGGAGUGGUGGCCCUGGACGAUACAGCCCGAUACAGCCUGCCGUCAUGUCACUCUUUCAUGUACUGGCGCUGCUGGUAGCCAGUCUAAGUCUUGUUACCGCUCAGACUUUCAGCAACUGUAACCCACUCAAUACAACAUGUCCUGCAGACGCAGCCUUGGGUACCAAUCACACCUGGUACUUCAACUCCACCCUUGACGACACGAUCUGGAAUGUCACCAACGGCAAUAUUGGCAUUACCGAUGAGGGUGCAGAAUUCUCUAUCGCCCAAAAGAUGGAUUCGCCCACCAUGCAAUCUAACUUCUUCAUCUUCUUUGGCAUUGUCGAGUCCCACGUCAAAAUGGCCAAGGGCGGUGGUGUAGUGAGCAGUGUGGUGCUCCAGUCAGAUGACUUGGAUGAGAUUGACUGGGAGUGGGUGGGAUACAACACCAGCGAGGUACAAUCCAACUAUUUCGGCAAGGGUAACGACACAUCUUUCGACCGGGGUGGCUUCCACUACGUUCCCAAUGCCGACACGGAAUUCCAUAACUAUACCACCUACUGGACGAGUGAAAAGGUCGAGUGGUGGAUUGACCAGCAACUAGUCCGCACACUGAAGUAUGAGGAUGCUGUGGGUGGCAAGAACUUCCCCCAGACUCCCAGCAACAUCCGCUUUGGAAUCUGGCCUGCCGGCGAUCCCAGUCAGCCUCAUGGUACCAUUGUAUGGGCAGGUGGUGAGAUUGAUUACUCGGCUGGCCCGUACACCAUGGUAGUUGAGAAGGUUCGCGUGCAUGACUUCCAUACGGGCAAGGAGUAUUCAUAUACGGACCAUUCGGGAUCCUGGGAGAGCAUCAAGGUCGUGUCUGGUAAUUCUACCACCGUGGAACAGCUCAACAAGCCUCCUCCGAAGUCACUGUCCGAAAAAUGGAACGAGCUACCAAGUGGCGCAAAGGCUGGUGUCGGCAUUGGCGUAGCAGCUGUCGGAGCCAGUUGUCUUGCUGGUUUCAUCUUCUUCUGUGUGCGGCAGCGCAAGAGGGGCCGUCUCGAACAUGCUUUGAACGAUGCAAAGUGGGAUUCCGAACGGACGGAGAUGAACAACUUCCAGUCCGAGUGGAAACAAAGCGAAUGGAAACAUAAGGGCUACCAGCCAGUCUCCUAGCCGGCGAAG